AUGCCUGCGUCACAAAUUGGAUUUGGCAACUUCUUCUUUGAAAGAAACAUCAACAUGCUCCCUGGAUAUCAGAUACCGGUUUUGGGAUGUCAACCCAGGGUACGACAGCAACAAGUCCCUCAUCUUGCUGCGAUGCCUGGGGUCCCUUUGGCAUAUUCAGGACUACAGGGAUACAACUUUAUCCCCUAUCCACACUACGGACACAUUGCGCACAUGAACAACUCCUUCGACCUGAAGACUGUCUCUCCGUAUUAUGAAGCGCUUCUCGGCCGAGGAGGGCCGUUCUACCCGCAAUACCGACCAGGCGCAACUGAUGACCCAAGCAGAGUCGCCAAGGUGGCUACCCGGGAAAGCACCAGCGCGCUCAAGGCCUGGUUGAACGAGCAUCUCAAGAACCCAUAUCCUACAAAGGGCGAGAAGAUCAUGCUUGCCAUCGUAACCAAGAUGAGCCUCACGCAGGUGUCAACUUGGUUUGCCAACGCCAGGCGACGGCUGAAGAAGGAGAAUAGGGUGAGCUGGGCGUUCAAGGGGAAAUCUGACGAGGACGAGGGCGAAAGCGACGAGGAGAAGAGUGAGGUCACUCUGCAGAAAAGCGCUUUGGUUGAUGAAGACGAAAUAGAUCUUCAAACCGUCGAUGACAAGGUGGAGGAUAUUGGACAUAGAGUGGACAACUCAACGCCAGAGUUGGUGGAUGCACGCCUGGAGAAACAAUCAAGCGAUGACCAUAGAGACAGCACGCGUGCUCACGGGGAAAAUUAUGUCGAAAAGAGUUACACCAAACGCACAUCAUCCCCAUCUCGUCUAGGAUGUAAGGACAACGCUGAGUGUCAAAAGCCCAAAAUAUGGUCUUUGGCAGAAACCGCGACCUCGGAAACGGUGAAAAAGCCCCACCAGGACAAUGCGUGUCAUCCCAGGAGCACAGAAAUGGGCAAAUUCUGGUCAGAAUGGGCAUCAAGGAAUGGACUGUAUAUUCCCAGAUAUACUGCUCACGAUAUUAUUUAA